AUGGUCGGGAACAUCUGGCCCCGCGAGUUCACAUGGUUUGAUCGCUUACGAACUCUCCCCCUACCAGACGCCGGUCCAAUGCCGGCAAUCUCAGAGCGCACCGCCUUCCUCUGCGCAGCCGCGUACACAAUCUUCUAUGUCGCGCCCUUCUACCUCUCAGCAACCCUCCGAACCAGUGCCGCCAACUCCCGAAAUACUCCGGUCGUCAUCAAGGCCCGCGUGCGCGCCGUCACUCUCACUUGCCUCACCUGCCUAGUUGUAACGGCGGCCGUUCUCGUGGCCCGCGGACACUACAAUGUCCCCCAGAUCCUCCGAGCUUGCGGCGUCUGGCCCGUCCAUCCACUUGACCUCUUCAAGGUGCUCCUCCUCGUGAUUGUGUUGUUCACCUGCUCCCUCUACGAAUCCAUCGUUGUUGAUGGCGACUGGAGAGGAUGGAGCCUGGUCGCAUUCAAGCAAGGGAUCUGGGACGAUUGGGUCGGCUUCCGUAACCUCGUCGUCGCCCCCGCCAGCGAAGAACUGGUCUUUCGCGCGCUUGUCAUCCCCCUCUUCCAGCUCGCGCAAACGGGUGUGACCAGGAUCGUCUUCGUCACGCCUCUGAUUUUCGGAGUCGCCCACGUUCAUCACUUGGUCGAAUUCAUUCAAUCCCGGACCCCGCCGAACCGGCGUAUCCCUCCGCUCGCCCUGUGUCUCCAAGGCGUCGUCAUCAGCUUGUUCCAGUUCGCAUACACCAGCAUUUUCGGCUGGUUUGCUGCUUUUGUCUUCCUACGCACCGGCAACAUCUGGGCUGCCAUUGUCGCCCACAGCUUUUGCAAUCACAUGGGCGUGCCACGGCUAUGGGGUAGGCUCGGACAGUCUGGGUAUAAAACGCUCCCUCCUCAAUCUGUGACGCCGGAUGUGGCGGAGAGCAUGAACUCUGCAAUGCAAGGCGAGCAGAGUCUUCCGAUCGCCUGGACGGUGGCUUACUACGUGCUCAUGGUGGUCGGGGCAUAUGCGUUCUCUCUUCUCCUGUCCCCGCUCACAGAGAGCAAGUACGCCCUUGUUAGAUUCUAG